AUGAUGUUCAUGAUGGAAGGAGAGGAAAAGCUGUGGGUGCCUGACCUCCAGGUCUCUGUGGGAAGGGAGAUCCUGAGAGGGGCCUGCACAGUGCAGGAAAAGCUUCAGCAGAGCUUAACCCUUUUUGAGCACCAGAGAAUCCACAUUAGAGAGAAGCUUUAUAAAUGCCCCAACUGUGGGAAAAACUUUAGUGCCAGGAGGUACCUUAUUCAGCAUCAGAGACUCCUCCUGGGAGAGAAACCAUACAGGUGCUCUGAGUGUGGGAAGAGCUUCAGCCAGAGCUCAACUCUUAUCAGGUACCAGCGAAUCCACACUGGAGAGAGACCCUACAAAUGCCCUGACUGCGGGAAAAGCUUCAGUCAGAGCUCCAACCUCAUCAUGCAUCAGAGAUCCCACACGGGAGAGAGACCAUACAUAUGCCCUGACUGCGGGAAAAGCUUUGGCCGGAGCUCAAUCCUUAUUCGACACCAGAGAAUCCACAUAAACUAGAAAUUCACAGUUUUCCUUUACUGGAGCCUAAAGCAGUGCAAAUAAACUAGGAAAUGCAUUAUCUGGGGAGGGGUAAGGGAACUGACAUGCUGAGAGGCAGAGAGGGAGGUGCUGAUUACUGAGAUUGUCGGAGUCAGAAAGGGGUGUGAGGAUCCCUGGCUCAGAUCCUCAAAGGUACUUAAGCAUUGCUCUGCUCAGUCUUGCAACACCUAAUUCCUCAGCACCCUGCUGCCCAGUGGAAUUCACUUCCCUCCCCAUACAAUGUGUGGGUAGGGUUAGGUAUCCAGGGAAGAGAUUCCUGAAGCCAGCAAACUGUGCGGGGAGCUGUCGAAGCUAGCCAGGAGUGAAAUGCCAAGUGGAGGGGUGGGGAGAGGAGAGGGGCUUAGCUGCCUAAGCAGCUGACCUGGUGCACAGGGCUGACAGGCCAGAUAGGACAUGUUUACUCUGCUGCUGGGAGUGUGCCUCAGCCCAGGAAGACAGAUUUGCACUAGGGGGUCUUGAGCUGCCACACUAGCAGUGUGAACAUCGCAGUUGGGCUGAAGCUGAGGAUGUUGGUUGGGCUCAAAUGCCCGAGAUGCAACCCAAGCCACAAUGUCCACACAAUUUUUAUCAUGCUAGAUCGUGGCUUGCUAGUGCGAGUCUAUGUGAGGCUUGUUUUCAGCUGCAGUGUAGACAUUCUGUCGUAGAAAAACACCGUUCUCACUCUCAGGUUGGGUGCAGCAAGUCAGAUACAGUUUAUUAUCUCAAGCAAUUGC